AUGUCUCCUUCUGCAAAAAGGUACAAGAGGCAGCGCUUGCUUACGGAUCUUCCAGAGGAUUUGCUAGAGAUCAUAUUCAGUCAUUUGCUUCCUUCCGAUGUCAAAUCACUUUCGUUGGUAUGUCGAGAAUUCCGAGAACGGUUAGUCAUAUACAUGUUUAAGCAUAUCAAGGCUACCUGGGACCAAAUCAUCGAUCUCCACGAAAACAAGCAAGGUACAGCCAUCUCGCAGUAUCGACAUCUAGUAAGGUCUCUUCGUAUCAUAGAGGCCAACUCGUUCAACGAGUACCAGCAAAAAACAUUUGGCACACUUCUAUCUCCUAGUGUGCUACCGAAUUUAAUUCGUGUGACGGUCAAUUCAGACAAUCUGUCGUACUGGCUCAAGUACAAUGAAAGCUUCCACAUUCGGUCGUUGAGCCUAUACUCAGACAAGGAGGUCAACAGCAUCAAGAUCUUCCAUCUUUCGCAUAUUGCUGGCCUUCAUGGCCUUCGGCAGCUUUGUUUGUCAAAGUACCAUUUCAACUGGAUUGAAGAAGAAGCUCUCAACCUCUCGACGCUAGAAACGUUAUCUCUCCAGGACUGUACGUGGGAGUACCCUUUCAACUUGGAAUAUUUCAAUCACAGCGAUAGCCUCCAUGACUUAUCUAUCACGUACUCAAACAACAAUCCAUUCAUUUUGCUGGAAAGAUUCAUCAACUUUCUCGAAGCGCCAUUCCCAAGCCGCGCCAGCUCGCUUAGAAACAUCAAAAUCAGUUUUUUUGGCAUAACAUGCAACAAAAAGUUUCUCACCAUGACCAUUUUUUCCAGACUUCUACAUACUUUUGAUGCAUUGGAGCUGCUUGUGCUUGAAGGAUGGACUGCAAACUUGGCUUAUCUACGAACUGGGUUGAAACAACAUAAGUUUCGCUUUCCAACAUCCAUCAAACUUUUGCUUGAAUGUUUUGGUGAUCUCGGUGUCCGAGAAUUUGUUGCUGAUUGUGAAACUGUCCCAAACCUCAAAUUAACCGUUGACAAUGUGUUAGGAAACUGA